AUGCCCAUGGAGAUGAUGCUUACAUGCCUUCACGCCUAUAGUAUACUCCUCUUCCGGAAUAGUAAUAGCAAGUCUAUCCCCCGUCAGACAAGGAAUGAGGAGUUGACUAUAAUGAAUUUCCCAAACAUUGUUUUAAACAGCAACUGCAAAAGAUUACAGCUUGAGAGAUUGGCUUCUCCACAGGGACCAGAACCACCAAGGGAGACGAAGAGGUUUCCGAAAAUAGAAAAGAGGCUUCCAUGGAAGAAGGCGAAAGAAGGCUUCGAAAGAAGAAGAAACAGAAUGAACAGUAGAAACUAG